GAGUCGAGCGCGGCUCAGUCACUGCGGAGGACCAUGUUGCGUUUGUCUAUGGAGUCAUUGAGGGCGCCACGUCGCUGCCCACUUUUGACCAGCGGCCGCCAGAGGUGUACUGUGUAGUCCAUGUCAUCUCUACCACUGGCCUGAAGCUCUUCAUCCACCGUACGCGGGUCAUCAAGCAGAUGAUUUGCCCGCAGUGGAAUGAAGCGUACUAUGCGGAGAUCCCUGAGGGGUUCGACGCUGCCCGGCUUCAGAUCAGCGUCUACGCUGUCACG